AUGUAAUUUUUAAGUAUCAGGCUUUAAAUCGGAUUAUCUCAUAGGCAACUUAAAAUUUUUGAUUUUUCAAUUCUUGGAUUAGCUACUUUUACAUUUUAUGGACUUUAUAAAUUAAUUUUAAAAAGAAAAGAAUUAAAAUAAAAGCUCAAACAAUUCAGAUACUUAUAUACUCCAGAAGAAUGUUAAUAACUUAAAAUAGAUAAGAAAGAGAUUCUAAUCUAAGGUUAGAUCAAUACUGAUAAUUAAUUCUUACACCUUAUGUCCUCGAAUCAAUUGAACAAAUCUAAAAUUUUAAAGAACUAAUUUGAUAAAAAAGUAUACUUUUUUCAAAUUACAAAUGUAUUUAUGAAUAAAUAUUAUUUAAGCCUUCAACUAAUACAGAUAUAAGUGGAAGGCUGAAUACUAAUUGCAAGUUUGAAAAUGAACUUAUUAAUUAUCAUUAAUAAUGGAAGUAUAAAACUGAAAUUUCUCCAACUACAAAUAUUAUUGUUAGAACAUUGAGAAAAAUUAAAAACUACUUUUUUGGUAAAAUUUUUGUCGAGAAUUUAACAGGAAUUGAUUAAAAUCAAUAUUUUGUAUUUAAAGGUACAUUAGAGAAAAAACUAAAUAAGCUUGAGUUUUGGAUAAAUCAUAUUGCUAAAACUCCAUCAAUAUUCUAUAAUUAAAUAAUGAAGUAAUUAAUAUCAAUGAUUAAAAUAGGGAAUUAAAAAAAAAUUAUUUUUAAAUAUUUUUAUUAUCAAUAUCUGCUACUUUUUUAAUGAUUAUUUGUUAUUGCAGAGUUAUUAGUUUCUUUUAAAAAGAAAUAAAAGAAAAAGAAUUAUUUAACAAAAAAGAAAAUGAGGUUGUUGCAGAAUCAGAUCUUUGCAUUAUAUGUUAAACAACUGUUAGAAAUGUUUUGACUCUACCAUGUUUUCAUUUAGUUUGUUGCCAAGAUUGCUUAGAUAAAAUGCAAUAAAAAAGUAACCUUUGUCCAAUUUGUAGAACACAGAUUAGUUAAUAAAUAUAAUUAUUAAUUGAUAAUAUUAAUUGAA